CCUCACACAAGUGACGCGUUGAACCCAACCAUGUCCGGCCAAGAAGCCAGUACAAGCACCAGCAUCACCAUAGCCGAUGCCAAUCAAUACGAUGGUAGAAAGCGAGCACAUCGAGGAGACGAUGGCAGUAAACCAGCCAAAAGGCAGAAACAGCUUUCAAAGGAAGAGCGGCAACAGGUGUCCUUCCAGAAGGACAUUGCGCGGUUACGUGAGCUGGUAGCUAAUUUGAAAAAUUGCUUCGAGGAGUACGGUUUGGUGGAUAAUCCCACCAGGAUGUCUAUCAACAACAUAUUACCCAGUUUGUGCACCGUGAUCCUGGAGAACCCGCCCCGUGCCACAACACUCAAGGUGCUUCUACGACCCAUCUCAACGCUCGAGGAUAAUGAGUCCUUCCAACGUUUAGACUCCCCGGAACAAGAGAAUUACGGAUUUUCCGUUCAGAGUGUGAAUGAUCAACUUGAAAAAGUUGCCAACGUCUACAAAGAGAUGCUAGAAGACGAACAAUAUCCACCAUCGGCUAGUCACUACGCCACUCCAGCCGUCUGGGCCAAAUGGCAGGGAAAAGAGACUGCAAUUCUUAACCUUCGUCCAAGCACCAACCAGGGUCUGCCUCUAUCUACGCUUAAUCUAAUCUUCUCUCGCUUCUACGCUACUUUCGAACAGCAGCCAUCGGAGGUAGUUGCCAUGCAGGUCGCUCAUAAUCUAUGCGUCACAAUGGCCAGUUCCUUUAAGGAUGAACGGGCCCGUGGAGGCGCAUUCGUGGAUUGUGUGAGGCCUAUGUUCAAUGGUUAUGACUUUAGAACGGAGGUAGAGAUGAAUUCUAGUCUGGAGCGGCAUUCCUCAAAAGCCGGCCUUGUCCUCGUUCAUGGAAUCAGAGAAGUUCUAGGAGGCGAGUACAAGUUAGAGUGUGGAACAGGCGACGCCUAUAUGCAAAUAUCUCGCGUGUACCAAACUUGGAUCAACCACUUAAAGGAUACUAAGUCACUCGCGCUUGAUCAUGGCGCCCCCUUAAUCCUCAUCUGCGUCAUGGGUCCAGUAUUCAUUGUUUCGGGUGGUUUCUAUGAUGGGAGCUCUGUUAUCGUUGAACCCCUUGCACAACCUUGUCUCAUGCUGCCAGAUUAUCGCCACCGGCGGCAAAGUCAGCUUGCAAGUAUGCUACUUGCCGUUAAAGAGGCAGUAGAAGGACUUUGGCAAGUCUACCCGUCGUUUACCUCUUUUGAAAAUCGGACCAUUGGGUUGAAGUUUGAAUCAAGACUAGUUUUAACCAAGGACUCGAAGCGCGACCUUUUGUUUCUCGCUACCUGUGAGGACUCGCCUCAACGAGUUCUCGUCAAGCUCGUCACCGAUGAUCAUUACGGAGUCGAUGUCCACCGAAAGCUGGCUGAUGCAGGAUAUGCACCCACCCUCUUCGGUAUGGCGGAAGUUGACGGUGGACCCACUGCGUAUGUGAUGGAAUACCUCGCCCCAGAAGAUGGUUGGACCAUCUUGGUUGAAUACCUAAAACAGCAUAACCAAGGCAUGCGUUCCCGUGUCAUAGUCGCGGUGGGUCAUAUCCUCGACCUUAUGGAAAGCAACGAGAUCGUUCAUGGGGACCUGCGACCCAAUAAUAUCAUGGUGCGUGAGAAUCAAGGGAAAUUGGAACUAAAAGUGGUAGAUUUUGAUUGGGCUGGGGCAAGUGGCGCGGUUACAUAUCCAUUCCGGCGGAAUGAGAACAUUACUUGGCCUGCAGCGGCUGGAGAUCCCAUAGUGGCUGGACACGACCGCUUGAUGGUGGAGACUUGUUUGAACGAAAAAGUCAAUAAGCGCUCCAUUUAG